AUGAAGUUCUCUUCGUAUCUUGCGGCCGCGGCCGUCAUGUCUGGUGUUCAGGCUUCUCCGCACCCCGCACCUCAGCAACAGCUUCUGGGCGUGCCAUCCUCGCCCUCCGAGUCUAGCUACAGCCAAGCAGACCUAGAUGAUAUAAUAAACAAUUCACCUCUACUAUCAUUCCACCGAGACCUGGUCGAGAUCGAGUCAAUCUCCGGCAAUGAGCACGAUGUCGGCCUCUUCGUUGCGCAAUUCCUGGAGGCCCGGAACUUCACCGUGGUGAAGCAAGAGGUGCCCCCAGUGAAGGGCCAGGAGAAUACAAAGACCCGCUACAACAUCUAUGCCGUUCCAAAAUCCUACACAGAACCCCCCUCAAUCCUUCUCACAAGUCACAUCGACACCGUUCCCCCCUUCAUCCCAUACUCCAUACAUCAGCCCAAACCCGACGACUCCACCACCUUCGACCCAGAGGACCUCAUAAUAGCAGGCCGCGCCUCCGUCGACGCAAAGGGCAGCGUCGCAGCCCAAGUCUUCGCAACCCUCGAAACACUAGACACACAACCAGACGCCAAGCUCGGCCUUCUCUUCGUCGUCGGCGAAGAAAUCGGCGGCGACGGCAUGAAAGUCUUCUCGAACUCAACCCUCAACGCCAAGGACGCCAUCAACACCGUAAUCUUCGGUGAGCCAACCGAGGCAGCCCUCGUGGCCGGCCACAAGGGCAUGCUCGGGUUCAAGGUCCUCGCCCACGGCAGCGCCGCCCACUCAGGAUACCCGUGGCUGGGCAAGAGCGCCGUAUCGGCUAUUCUGCCUGCGAUCUCGCGCAUCGAUGUGCUAGGUGAUAUCCCCGUCGAAGAGGGCGGUUUGCCUGCCUCCCCGAAGUACGGGCCUACGACGCUGAAUAUUGGCUUUAUCCGUGCUGGUGUCGCGACGAAUGUUGUUCCUUCUGAGGCGUUGGCGGAUGUUGCUGUGAGACUUGCGGCUGGUACGCCUGCUGAGGCGCGUGAGAUUAUUCAGCGGGCUGUUGAUGAGGCGGUUCGGGAUGCUAAGGCGGAGGUUGUUCUGGACUUUAUUUCGCAUGGCGAGUCUUACCCGCCGCAGGAUUUGGAUGUUGAUGUUGAUGGGUUUGAUGUUACUACUGUUAACUAUGGUACUGAUGUGCCGAAUCUGGCUGUCGGUCAUGGCGUCAAGCGUUACUUGUACGGGCCUGGCAGUAUCUUUGUUGCUCAUGGUGAUAAUGAGGCCUUGAGUAUCCGCGAGAUUAAGGAGGCCGUGGUUGGUUAUAAGAAGUUGAUUGAGGCUGCGCUGGACAGAGAGGACAAGGGUGAGGUGGCCGUAUGA